GGGAUCUCAAUUAUCAAGAUUAUUAGCGGCGGCAUUGGGAUGCCAAGACUCUUCCCGGUCAUUACUGAUGCAGCUUCAGUUUUCGAUCUAUUCACUGUAGUUCCGGUGCUGAUGACAGCAUACGUAUGUCACUACAAUGGUUAUUUUGGUUAAUUCCUGCUCGUCAAAACACGGAACACUAAGGAAGUGUUUUUAUAUACUUGGUUGUUCAUUCUAUGUUACCAACACGACGAUUGAUAGUACACAUUUUGUGGUUCAGGCUUGGUUGCUUGAUGCGGUUGUAUAAUCCACAAGCUGAUUCCAUGUACUAAUAAACAUCGGCAACUAUUGCAAAAGUUUCAGUUAUGUGGGAGGAUAACAUCAAUGCAGUUAGCUAUAUAGAUCCACUUGUUUGCUUCAUAGAUUUAUUAUCUGGUGAUUACAUUGUGUGCUCUUUGUUUUCAGUUCAAAGCAUAGAGAAUGAACUGGAGGAUUCCUCACGGAUACGUGGGGUUGUGCGUACUUCCCUUACUCUAUGCUCUUCGGUGUACUUACUGACAAGCUUCUUUGGGUUCCUUCUAUUUGGUGAAGGAGUUCUUGAUGAUGUUCUUGCCAAUUUUGAUACUGAUCUUGGAAUUCCCUUCGGUUGUGCGCUCAAUGAUGCUGUUCGUUUGAGCUAUGCUGCGCAUCUUGUGCUUGUAUUUCCUGUAAUUUUCUACGCGUUGAGGCUCAACGUAGAUGGUCUGAUAUUUUCCUCAUCAAGAAGGCCUUUGGUUGUUGAUAACUUAAGAUUUUCAUCAGUUACUAUUGCCUUUGUUCUUAUUAUCUUCCUCGGAGCAAAUUUCAUACCGAACAUUUGGGUUAUUUUCCAGUUCACUGGAGCAACAGGUGCUGUCUGUAUAGCAUUCAUAUUUCCAGCUGCAAUCGCUCUGAGGGAUCGAUACAACAUAGCAACUAAAACAGAUACGAUUCUGGCUAUCCUUAGGAUAGUGCUAGCGGUUUUGUCAAAUGCUGUGGCGAUAUACAGUGAUGCUUAUGCUUUGAUCAACGAGAAGAAAGCAUAAUGUACAUGAUUUCUUGAUUUGAUAGCUUACAGUACAUAUAUUUCCAAACUUUCAGAUUAAAGGAACAUAGCUACCAUGUGUACAAAUAUUCUUCAAAAGUAUGUGAAGGCCUGCAACAUGUUCAACCUUGUUUAUAAUAGAGUAGGGAUAUUUGAACAUCGCAAGUCUGAUGCCGUAUAUGGAUGUGGUAUGUAAACACGCUCAACUCAACUGCCGACAUGACUGAGCGAAAGAAAAUAAAUAAAAAUACCAAAUUGUAUAUUUAUAAUAUACGGUGUCCGACACCAUAUUUGUUGUCAAUAUUUAAUUCUCUUGUAAUAUGAUCUUUAGUGUUGUAAAUGUAGAGGUUCUUAUUGAAUGUGCCUCCAUUUCCCAGACUUCAUAUCCUUUAUAACUGCAAGUGAGGUAUUUGCUGGCACUUGUAUA